UGGAACGCGGCUGCGACGGGGCGGGCAGACUCGCGGGCGCUCAGAGCCGGACUCAGGUCCUGGGCGUCCGGCGUUCGAACCCCCAUCUCGACCCGCAUCUGGUCCGGGACCACGACCCCGACCCGGCCCAGCCCGGCCCCCUGUCCUCGCCCCCCGGGCCGAUGGACUACUCCUACCUCAAUUCGUACGACUCGUGCGUGGCGGCCAUGGAGGCGUCCGCCUACGGCGACUUCGGCGCCUGCAGCCAGCCCGGCGGCUUCCAAUACAGCCCCCUGCGGCCUGCCUUCCCCACGGCCGGGCCUCCCUGCCCCGCUCUCGGCUCCUCCAACUGCGCGCUUGGCGCUCUACGAGACCACCAGCCCGCGCCCUACUCGGCAGUGCCCUACAAGUUCUUCCCGGAACCGUCGGGCCUGCACGAGAAGCGCAAGCAGCGGCGCAUCCGCACCACGUUCACGAGCGCGCAGCUCAAGGAGCUGGAGCGUGUCUUCGCAGAAACUCACUACCCGGACAUUUAUACGCGGGAAGAGCUGGCGCUUAAGAUCGACCUCACUGAGGCUCGCGUGCAGGUUUGGUUCCAGAACCGCCGGGCCAAGUUCCGAAAACAGGAGCGAGCGGCCAGCGCCAAGGGUGCGGCGGGCGCGGCGGGCGCCAAAAAGGGCGAGGCGCGCUGCUCGUCCGAGGACGACGACUCCAAGGAGUCCACGUGCAGCCCCACGCCCGACAGCACCGCGUCCUUGCCGCCGCCCUCCGCGCCGGGCCUGGCCAGCCCGCGCCUGAGCCCCAGCCCGCUGCCCGCCGCCCUGGGCUCCGGGCCCGGCCCGGGCCCCGGGCCCCAGCCGCUCAAGGGCCCCCUGUGGGCCGGCGUGGCAGGCGGCGGGGGCGGCGGGCCGGGGGCGGCGGAGCUGCUUAAGGCCUGGCAGCCAGCGGAGCCGGGGCCCGGGCCCUUCUCCGGCGUCCUGUCCUCCUUUCACCGGAAGCCGGGCCCCACCCUGAAGACCAAUCUCUUCUAGCUGCUGGACUCCGGAGGCUCCGGGCUUGGCCCCAGAGAUGCCCCUGCCCCUCCAGGACCAGACCGGGUCCCUCCCCACCCCGGCCGCCUGCCUGGAAGGCCCCGUCCCUCCCCACCUCCCGCCGUGUCUGACCCCUGCGUGUGCCCUCCCCAGGUUUGGAGACCAAGUCAGGGCCACUUGUGUCCUCGCCACCCCCCCCCCCCCCCGCCCCACACGGUGGGGUGCUUUCACUGGGAACCCGUCCCCCAGGACAAGCCCGGAAACCCUUCUAGCGCGUCUUUCUUUGGAACCGGGAUCGCGCCACUGCCAGUCCCUAACAGAGCUCGAACGAGAGGGUCCUCGAGGAGGUGCAGCGGGCCCUCCCCUCACCAGGCUCGGCCACUUCUCACCUUGGUGACCAGCUGGUUGCCUGGGCCCCUCAGGCCCACCCAGGCAAGGGAAGCCAGGAUAGCCAGCAGCCCGAAGGACCCCACCAAUUUACCCCUCUGCUUCCUCCCACCU